GUGUGUACUCCAUGGGAGGGAACGGCAGAACAUGCCACUCGGCUCCCAUCGCUCACAUACGCACAGCGUGCAGAUGUAACGCGGCUCUUGUGAAUAAUGCACACCAUCCAUGGACUAUGCCACUUCUGCAUCGAGCGAAAUCUGCCCAAGGUUACCAUCCACAGAGGGAAAGAUGGCUAUGGCUUUACGAUCUGCUCUGACUCUCCUGUGCGGGUCCAAGCCGUGGAUCCAGGGGGUCCGGCUCACCAGGCAGGCCUGCAGCACAUGGAUACUCUACUGCAGCUCAAUGGCCAGCCUGUGGAGCACUGGAAAUGUGUGGACCUUGCACAUGCCAUCAGGAGCUGCCGCAGUGACAUCACAAUGGUAGUGUGGAGAACCCUGCCUGUCAUGAAGCCUUACUUCGAGGGCCUCAUCCACCAGCCCUCCUACAAGACCUCCAAUUACGACACAGUGGUCUCCCCCAUGGCCAAGAAGCCAGAGAAGACUCCCCCUCUGCUGUCCAACCCGCUCAAGAGGAGCGGGCGCAAGAAGAAGUCGGGUGGCUCGGACGGGGACGCCAGGGGGUCGACGGGGGGCUUGCUGGACGGAGCCUGGCCCUGGAGGGACAAGCGAGAGGAUAAUAACGACUACAAGGGACGAACGACGACUCUGAAAGGGACGCGCGUGACCUCAUCAAACGGGGACAACUACAUCAUCCUCUCGCCCGUCCAGCCAGGAAACCAGCAGAUACUGCAGUCUGUGUACACCGACAACAACGGCACCAUCGGAACGCUCGGGCGGAUCUACCAGACGCACCCCAGCCGCGGAGUGCACCAGGCGGGGCCGUUUCUCCAGGACCCUACCACCCUGGCCCGGAACUCCCUCCGCCGCUCCAUCAACAGCAAGACCAUCCCUCCGCCAUCGUCCUCCUACAGACACAGCUACGCCAACUACCAGAACUGCACCAUCGUGCAGUCUCACCUGCCCCACUCCAGCUAUGGCACCUACGUGGCACUCACCCCAAAGAUCCUCAUCUUUCCCGUUCAUGUGCAGCCUCUCGACCUGUGUAGUCCCGAUCACACCUUACUUCUUUCAGAGGAGAUGAUCCUUCACGACAGCUCACACCUCUCCAUGAAGGCUACUGUGUUUAUCUACACUGACCUGAUGCUGUUGACCCGUGAGGAUGAACCGGGCCGCUGCAACGUGCUCCAGAGCCCCCUCUACCUGCACCAUCUGAAACUGCAGGAUGUUCCUGCCGAUAAGAUGAGACUCUACAUCACCUACAAGACAGAGAAGGGGGAGAGCCUGAUUAGCCUUGAGGCGUUCUCCGCCGAGCAGAAGAGGAGAGUCCUCCAGUGCCUCCGAGAGAACAUCAACAAACAACUGCAGCUACGCGACACCAGACUCAGCCACGAGCAGCUGCUACAGCCCCACCCGGUGGACAUCAAGGGCGACUGCAGCCCGGUGGGCCUCCUCCCCUUCGUGCCCGGCCCCCACCCCUCCGACAUCUCCUCCGCCCCGUACUUCACCUCCUCCUCCUCCGUCUCCUCUUCCGUCUCCUCCGUCUCCUCCUCCUCACACCCUCGCUCGCCCAGGAUGGACCGGGCACGGGCCGAGCGCGGCCACCUCCUCUACCCCAAGACGCGCUCGCCGCUGGUGGAGAGCUCGGAUCACCGGGUGCCGGCCAUCCCACCUCUGCCGCCUCUACCCUCCCUGUCCCUCACCCCUCAGAGGGUGGAGAGGCCGGCGGCAGCUGUACCACUGUCAUCAGGAGGCCAGGCUGGAGGAGGAGGAGGAGACGCGGAUGUCUGGAAGAGGAAAGUGGACGUGGUGGAUACCUCAGCAGGCAUGGAGGCCACACUGCAGGCAAGACAGGUGGGUGAGAGGGGUAUGGAGGAGAGGCUCCAGGCCCAGCAGGAGAGCCAUCAUCAUCAGCAGCAUCAUCAUCAUCAUCAGCCGCAGCAGCUGGAGCACCAGUCCCAGGAGCAGCAUCAGCAGCGUGAGCAGGGCGAGGGGGAGAGCGCCUCAGAGACGGUGAGCGUGUGUGCCAGGCCCACCUCUUCCACCACCUCCUCCUCUUCCUCGCCCCUGAUGGCCCCCAAGCUCAGCCUGGUGCGCUCCUUCAGCACUGAGCCCGUCACCUCCCCCUCUACCGACGACGAAGAAGAAGAGGACGACGAUGAUGACGACGACGACGAUGAUGAGGAGGAGGAGGAGGAUAGUGGCGACGACGGUUACCUGACCAAGAGGCGCAGCGUGCUGGGGGCGUCUCCUGUGGCGACUCACCACGGCGACUGCGACGGCGGCGACGAGCAGUUGGCGGCCAUGAUGUCCAUGCCCCUCCCCCUACACCGCCGCACGCACAGCGAGGGCAGCCUGCUGCAGGAGCCGCGCUCCCCGCGCUUCAUCUCCAAGCCAGCCUUCAUCUCCGACCCGGGCUUCAUCCUGGCCUCCGACCACGCCCUCCAGUGUGGUGGCGCCGCCCACCACCACCACCACAGGCCCGUCUGGGCCCCGCCCUCCCCUAACACCAUGAGGAAGCAGCUGACGUGUGGCAGUAGCGGUCUGGGGGCCGCACACAUCUGCAUGCUGCUCACGGGCAGACGACAGGUGUGCACGGAGGCCAACUGCAGGUGUGAUGUGGGCCGGGGAGGCCUGAGGAAGAAGUCCAAGAGCCUGGCCAGGGACAUGAAGAGCAAGCUGACUUUUGGCCGCAAGAAGAAGGAGCAGCGCGGACGCAGCCGACUGAGGAAGAUGGAGAAGACCCUCCGCACCGCUCGGCCUGACCCAGAAGAGGCACUACAGUGGGGGGAAUCCUUUGAGCAGCUGCUGUCCCACAAAUAUGGAGUGGCUGUGUUCCGUGCCUUUCUGCAAACGGAGUUCAGCGAGGAGAACCUGGACUUCUGGCUCUCCUGCGAGGACUUCAAGCAGCUCAAGUCCCACACUAAGAUGACCUCCAGAGCCAAGAAGAUCUUCGCCGAACACGUCUCCAUUCAGGCCACCAGAGAGGUCAACCUGGACUCAUACACCAGAGAACAGACCCGCGAGAACCUGGAGAGCGUGAGCCUGUCGUGUUUCGAGCUGGCGCAGUGUCGCAUCUACGGCCUGAUGGAGCGGGACUCCUACCCCCGCUUCCUGCGCUCUGACCUCUACCUGGAACUGACCAAUCAGAAGAGGCCCAGCUCCAUGCCUGACCUAUCCUGAGCAGCCGCCUCCACCCCCACAACAACAAAAAAGGAAUAAACAAAAUCAGUAACUGCA